AUGGAGGAUGUAACUGUUGACACUGGGAGGCCUCUGAAUGCACGAAAUAUGAAGAGGAUGGGGGUAAUUGAGAAGAUUCGGAAACUUUCUUCUUCCCUUCCUCAAACCUCACUUAUCUACACACACUCUGAACCUUCACCCUCCAUUACCAAACCCUCUGAAACACCUACCUCUAACCAACCUUCACCCCCUCUUCAAAAAUUCAACCUCACCACCACAACCUUGCCCAUCUCUGAAGAAGAAAUGUUCAAUGAGCCAAUAUCACCACCCUCUUCAACACCUUCACCCCUACCUUACUACACCAUCUGCUAUGACCCAGAGCCUGCUGACCCCCAAUCUCCCACCACGUCUCAGCUUCAGGCUCGUGCCCUUUCCACACACCACCAAUCUGAACCAAAAGCCAACAUUCCAUCACCAUCUGAACAACCAACACCACCAUCUGAACCUCUCAUCGAAACACCCUUUGAAAACCCUAUCAUCCAUAACUCUGAAUCUCUCGUUGAAACCACCCCCACACCACUAGUAUCUACAUCUCCUACCCCUAAACUAGAACCUACCUUCCCCACUCUAGAAGAAACAAUUACUCUAUUUGCUAAGUCUUUAGUGGAGAAGAUCAGAUCACUAUCUGAGAAUUAUGGUAUCAGUGACGAUCCCUCUGCAAGAAGGCCAGAAGACAAGGCUGGUCUGGAAGAAGAGCAAAGGGCUAGAGAAGAUGCAAAGAAGGUUGCUGCUGAAGCUGAAGCAAAAGCAAAAGCUGAUGCUGAAGAGGCAGCACACAUAGCUGCAGAAGAAGUUGCAAAGGCUAGAAAUGAUGCUCUAACUUAG